CAAAGAACCCUCUCCCAAACCGAGGCGAGUCUGUUUCUGUUGAAGCAAGCCAUGAGCCUACUGGCUAGAACGGAUAUAGAUGCUGGAGGAUUUUUCGUCAACUUUAAUCAGGAUUGCUCGUCCUUGGCAGUUGGUUCGAAAAAUGGAUACAGUUUGUUUUCGUUGAAUUCGGUCGAUCAAAACCUGGACCAGAUAUACACGAGCUUGGGGGAGGACAUUUGUCUAGUGGAGCGACUGUUUAGCAGCUCACUAGUUGCGGUUGUUUCGCUGAAUGCCCCGAGGAAGCUUAAGGUGUGUCACUUUAAAAAGGGAACAGAAAUAUGCAACUACUCCUACUCGAACACGAUCCUGGCGGUAAAGCUGAACCGCUCCCGGCUGGUCGUUUGCCUCGAGGAAAGUCUCUACAUACACAACAUACGCGACAUGAAGGUUGUGCACACGAUACGCGAUACACCACCGAACAAGACGGGUCUGUGUGCGCUAGCAUCCGAUUCGGACCACUGCUAUCUGGCCUACCCGGGCAGUGCGACCGUCGGUGAGGUACAGAUAUUCGAUGCAGUUAAUUUGCAUGCAAAAAUUAUGAUCCCGGCCCACGAUUCACCACUGGCCGCGAUUGCGUUCAGCCAGAUCGGUACGGAAAUUGCAACGGCCAGCGAGAAGGGUACCGUCAUACGGGUAUUUUCGGUCAGCGAUGGUUCGAAGCUGUUCGAGUUUCGGCGGGGCGUAAAGCGGUGCGUUUCGAUAGCAUCUCUUGCGUUCAGUACCUGUUCGAAGUAUCUGUGCUGCAGCUCGAACACGGAAACGGUGCACGUGUUUAAGCUGGAGCGCGUAUCACCGGAAACGAACGACGAACAGGGCGCUGGGGAAGCAUGGUAUGGCAAGAUUAGCAAGGCGUUCACAAACUAUUUGCCGCUGCCAACGCAAGUGACGGAUGUGUUUUCGCAGGGGCGAGCGUUUGCGUCCGCGCUGUUGCCCGUAGCCGGGCUAAGACAUUCCUGUGUCAUUACAACGAUUCAGAAGGCGCUCAGGAUGUUGGUGGCCUCCCAGGACGGAUAUCUGUACGUGUACCAAAUACCGACGGAAGGAGGCGGCGAGUGUCAGCUCAUCAAAAAGCAUGAUCUCAGAAACAUCGAACCACCACCGAACCCGCCCAGAACGGAAUCCAUGCCAAUCGGUGUACCGACGGUGGUACCAUCGGGUGGCUCUAGCUAUGCGGCUACCGUGCGCGGUACGGCCGGUAGUAGUGCUGGCAGUGGUGGUGCCGGUUCCGUAGAUGACGAUCAUCAUGACCAUUCGCAGCAAUAA